AUGGAAACCAAGCUCCCGGCCACCCAGUCCAUUCUGGGACAAGCUGCGUCAGGGACCAGGACAGGCGCCACUGUCCCGAGUGGACAAGCGGAGGCCUACAGAAGGCCGGUCCCGUCAUCCUUCCUUCUUGUCCCUCCCCGACAGCUGGUUUUGCUGGAGCUCAACUUCCUGCCCACCACAGGGACCAAGCUGACCAAACAGCAGCUCAUUCUGGCCCGUGACAUUCUGGAGAUCGGGGCCCAGUGGAGCAUCCUGCGCAAGGACAUCCCCUCCUUUGAGCGCUACAUGGCCCAGCUCAAGUGCUACUACUUUGAUUACAAGGAGCAGCUCCCCGAGUCCGCCUAUAUGCACCAGCUCCUGGGCCUCAACCUCCUCUUCCUGCUGUCCCAGAACCGAGUGGCAGAGUUCCACACGGAGCUGGAACGGCUCCCUGCCAAGGACAUCCAGACCAAUGUCUACAUCAAGCACCCUGUGUCCCUGGAACAGUACCUGAUGGAAGGCAGUUACAACAAGGUCUUCCUGGCCAAGGGCAACAUCCCUGCUGAGAGCUACACCUUCUUUAUUGACAUCCUGCUGGACACAAUCCGGGAUGAGAUCGCCGGCUGCAUAGAGAAGGCUUAUGAGAAGAUCCUCUUCAGCGAGGCCACCCGAGUCCUCUUCUUCAACACGCCCAAGAAGAUGACAGACUACGCCAAGAAGCGAGGGUGGGUCCUGGGCCCCAGCAACUACUACAGCUUUGCCAGCCAGCAGCAGAAGCCCGAGGACACCACCAUCCCGUCCACGGAGCUGGCCGAGCAGGUCAUCGAGUACGCCCGGCAGCUGGAGAUGAUCGUCUGAGUCGAGGGCAGCGGGCAGGCGGGUGGGCUCUGCUCCAAUAAAGGCGGAUUGACAGUC